AUGUUGCACACUUCAACUACUUUGCUCGCUGUUGCCUUCUGCUCGUUGACAUCUGCGCUGCCCACGUCGAAUACCGUUGCUCGGGCAGGCGGACCUGCGAUUGUGCCUAUACCUUCGACCUGCACUGUUACGGAUCCUCUGUCCACCGAGUCAAACACAUCUUACGUGCCAUCACCAGCUGCCCACGACGAUAUCCUAUACAGCUCCUACUACCCUUCCUACACAUCAAACACAACUGCCAUGGCACAACAGUGUCUUCAGCAAUGUUACGGCUACGGAUAUCACGUCGAGUGCAAGACAGCAUACUGGGCAGAGAACGUGGUGGUACCAGCAGGAUACUAUGGCACAGCUGGCGGACAGCUUGAGACGGCUUGCUUGAUGUUUAGUAGAGCACUGACAAGCGACGACUUCGUGGCUGUACCAGAAGGCCAGGGCACGAGUGCGACUGCCAGCAACAUUGCUUGCUGA